AUGGCCCCAAUCGCCCCGUUCCGCACCAUGGCGCUGUCCAUGGGCCCCUCGAGGAAGGCCUUGUCCUGCGCCGUCUGCGCAUCGAGGCGGCACCUGAGCACCACUCGUCCCUGGCUCGCCGCCGCACCAAAGCCCCCAGCCCGUCCCUUCGCCGCCGCAAAAAAGCGCGCCCCGGACUCGGCCCCGGAAUCGGCCGUCGCACCCGCGGAGUCGGCAAAGCCCGACCUCCCCGCGGCCGCGAUCCAUGCCCCGAGAGCGUACGGCAAGAAGGUCACCAACUUCACACCGCAGCCCCUGCCGCGGCCCGUUGGCAUGGCGUACCCGCCGCACCCAGAGGACAACUCGGGCGUCGACAGGAGGUCGUUGCAACAGAGGAGAGACGAUUUUGUCGACUACGACAAGCAUCUCGUUCGCAGGAAGGAGCUCAAGGACAAGAUGGCCCGCCCUUACUUCCGUGACUGGCGCAACAUGCAAUGGCACGAGGGCAAAUCCUUCCUCGCGCCCCCGCUACCCUUCAAGGCCGACCACUCUCUCUUCUUCCCCAACUUCGUCGGCGACACCCUGGCGAAGAAGGACAGCCAAGCGCGGGACACGACGCGGGCGCUGCUGAACAAGGUGACGGUGGUGGCCAUGUACAGCAGCAAGUGGGCCGAGGACCAGACCAAGACCUUCAUCUCCCCCGAGGCGAACCCGGAGCUGCACGAGCUCCUGACCAAGAUGAAUGGCAGAGCGCAGAUUGCGCAGCUCAACAUCGAGGACAACAAGUUCAAGGCGUGGAUCGUCAAGCUGUUCCAGAGCAACCUGCGCAAGCAGAUGCCGGAGAGCGACUGGGGUAAGUACUUUUUGGUCCCCCGCGCCAUCACAACGGAGAUCAGCGAGUCGAUUGGAUACCUGAACAGCAAGGUCGGCUAUGUGUACCUCGUAGACAAUCUCUGCAGGAUACGUUGGGCGGCGAGCGGUCCCAGUCGGCCGGAUGAGAGGGAUAGCUUGGUGAAGAGCAUGAAGCUCGUCCUCCACGAGUGGAACAAGGCGGAGCAGGCGGCGAAAGAGGCCAGCACAGCACAGAAGGCUUUCGGGGACGACAAGUCGACGUGA